AUGUAUAUCUACUUAAAAUUUAUGUUGUAUAUCUAUGGUACCCAAAACGACCGAAAAGAUUUAGAUGAUAUCGUAAAUAUACGUACAUCUUUAGAUUACAACCCAGCAGAUGAUCCUGUGAACUUUAUUAGUGAUCCUAUUAACAGAAUUUUAAUUUUCGUUUCUGGCAGUGACCAACCCCCUGACCUGAAGCUGAAACCAAAUAGUUUGGUUUCCGAUGACAUCGGAUACGUGAUAUACUCGGCACUGGGGAGCUUCUACAUACCGUCCUGCAUCAUGGUGUUCGUCUAUAUCAGGAUAUACUUCGCAGCUAAAGCGCGGGCUAGAAGAGGCAUACGGAAAAACCCUCGGCCUAGACCAAAUGAACAACAGACGAGCUUCAGCAACCCGCCCAGAGGCACUCGACCGAUGCCAACGACCCAUCCCAUGCCUCAGGGACAUCUUAGUAGUAAUAAUAAUGGUGAAAGCCAAAUAUCAACAAUAGAGACACCCCAAGUGCAGAUCCCGACAGUCACGUGCGAGUUGGCCUCAGACAUAUCCACCAGUGAGGCUGGAGACACUAUUCCACCACCACCGGACGAACGGAAAGACACGCUCAAAGUGGUAGUGACAUCGGCGCAAGUAACAAAAAAUCCUUUGGCAUCCUGUCCAUUGCGGAGUUCAUCACUCUCGGUGAAUGGAGAGCUGCAACUACAACAGACGAGGGGCAGAGCGCCCAGCGUCGCUAUCGAUACCGACAUGGUCUCAGAAAUGGAACCAUCGUCAUCAGACUCUGGGGUUGUCAGCCGAUGUGGUGGAGUCAAACCUUUAAAACUUAGAAUCUUCAAAAAGACCGAUAGAAGACAAGAAAAAUCCCAACCAAGUAAAUCAGAAUUAGAGCCUGCGCUUCCAAAGCCGCAUAAACCAAGAGACCCAGAGAGGGAAAAGAAAAGAAUAGCCAGAAAAAAGGAGAAGAGAGCAACUUUAAUCUUAGGUUUAAUUAUGGGCAGUUUUAUCGCUUGCUGGCUGCCAUUUUUCUUCCUGUAUAUUCUUAAGGCUGCUUGCAGAUUUUGCGUAAUACCGGCUAGUGCUUUCGCUAUAGCAUUUUGGCUGGGAUACAUGAACUCUGUGCUGAACCCUGUCAUAUACACAAUAUUCAACAAGGAUUUUAGAAGAGCGUUUAGAAGGAUACUGUUUAAGUGA